GUGCGCCCCAAUUCUGAUACUCGCGUUUGGAAACCUGCUUAAUCAAGUUGCCAAACUAGACCUUAGCGUCAUAAUAACGCUAAAAAAGCCUUUUUCUAACGCAUUUGCAAAGAAGAUAAACCCUAUAGACCUCGUCUGUUUGAAUCUCUCUCUCGCGCUUAUAGGAUUUUGCGAAGAACAUAAACCCUAUAUGCCUCUUCUUUUGAUUGAAUCUCUCUCUCACUCACGCUUUUAUAAUUUGGGUUAGGGUUUAUUACUUCAAUGGCUGCUUUUGGCGCUGCAAAUCAGAAUCCGAACAAAUCGUUUGAGGUGAUACAACCUCCAAGUGAUUCUGUUUCGAGCCUUAGUUUCAGUCCCAAGGCCAAUCAUCUGGUUGCGACUUCAUGGGAUAAUCAGGUACGAUGUUGGGAGAUAAUGCGGAGUGGGACUACUGUUAGCAGUGUACCCAAAGCAUCAAUGUCACAUGACCAACCGGUUUUGUGCUCAACUUGGAAGGAUGACGGGACAACUGUUUUCUCUGGAGGAUGUGACAAGCAAGUGAAGAUGUGGCCGUUGUUAUCUGGUGGCCAACCAGUGACCGUAGGCAUGCAUGAUGCACCCGUAAAGGAUAUAGCAUGGCUCCCAGAUAUCAACGUCUUAGUUACAGGAAGUUGGGAUAAGACUCUGAGGUACUGGGAUUUGAGACAGUCGAAUCCAGCUCAUGUUCAACAACUUCCCGAGCGCUGCUAUGCACUUACAGUGAAACACCCUCUGAUGGUUGUUGGCACCGCAGACAGAAAUAUUAUAGUUUUCAACUUGAAUAACCCUCAGACUGAGUACAAGAGAAUCGUUUCACCCCUAAAGUAUCAGACAAGGUGUGUUGCAGCCUUUCCCGAUCAGCAAGGAUUUUUGGUUGGCUCAAUUGAGGGAAGGGUUGGUGUACAUCAUCUUGAAGAUUCACAACAGAGUAAAAACUUUACUUUCAAAUGUCAUAGAGAGGGCAAUGAGAUUUACUCAGUCAACUCAUUGAACUUCCAUCCUGUACAUCAGACGUUUGCAACUGCAGGAUCUGAUGGUGCUUUUAACUUCUGGGAUAAAGAUAGCAAACAGAGACUCAAGGCCAUGUCAAGGUGCAGUCAACCCAUACCUUGCAGUGCUUUUAACUAUGAUGGCAGCGUAUAUGCAUAUGCGGUUUGCUAUGAUUGGAGUAAGGGUGCAGAAAAUCAUAAUCCAUCCACUGCAAAGACUUACAUUUACUUGCACUUGACCCAGGAGUCUGAGGUUAAGGGCAAACCAAGACUUGGAACCGGUGGUAGAAAGUGAAGCUGCUGCUUAUAGCAUGCCGUCUUCAAGAAGGAUAUGUACUUCUGUACAUGGAAUAUAUUUUGCCUUUACUUUUCCAUUCACCCUAUGUACAAACUGGAACUGAGAUAUUGCGGUGGUGCAUUUAGAAGUCUUAGGUCAGAAAUGAGGUUUUCCGAAUUAGAAUGUUUGAUCCCCCUUUCAGGAUAGUGUUUUUCUUUGAAUAUGCCUGCAGUCCAUAUUUUGUAACUUGAUAUGCAUUGGAUUAUUCUCUUCUUCUUUUGAAAGGUUAUGCAUUGGAUUAUUAGUUGCUUGGUCAGAA